ACUAUAAAGAAUUCAGUGGUAAAACUUUUGCAGAUAAAUCUUCAGACACGGGAGAUAUGACUGUGACCAUUAUUUUAUCUGUAAUCAUUAUUUAUUUAACGUAUUUACAAUUUGAAUUUUAAUAAAUGAGCUGCUACGAAAUUGCGUGAUAUUCAUUUACGAAUUUAAUAAUAUUCGCGUUUUCAUUUGUAAUUCAAACGCCUACAUAUCUGUCGGCUGAAUGAUUGACUUUAUUUUAGUCUUUGGCUUAUUGCAGUCGGACCUAAAGUAAAAACGUAGCUGUAGAAGUUUGAGCAGCGUGCAAGCUCGGAUACGAGGAAUUAUGAAGCGCGCUGGACAGUAGUGACACCUUGCGACAGUUUCCCAAACUUUUUGUAGCCAGUUCUUUCUCCCGUUCCCACCCUGCCUCAGCUGUCUGCUGUUUACGAAGGGGAGACGGGAUUUCGCGGGAAACUGAUAUGAAUGUCAACGUACUCAUUUUCAGUAGAUAAGAGAACGUGUUUGGUCUAGCUCGGCGUGUAAUUGGUAAUUCUCUGUUAUUAUUUAGCACAGUGAUUUAGCUAGAUGUUUUUUGUUGUAAGCGUGAGAUUUAUUCAGGAAUAAAAUGCCAAAGAAACCUCCACCAAGCAGAGUACACAAAAGAACAAAACUAUCGAAAGCCAUUAGAGCGCUUAGAAAAAAGAAUAAAGAAAGGAUAACUUGUGAAGAAUCUCGUACAGACGGCACCGGUUGUGAUGACUCAUUGUUACCAGAGCAGGGGCCAUCUCGUGUACACGAAGUGACAUGUGAAACCUCAACACAACUCGAAACUCACAGUCAAGAUGGCGCCGGGCGAGCUGCUGCGCGGCCAGGUGGUAGCGCCCGUGGCUCCCGACGCCGACAGCAAGGAGCCUCGCGGCUGGAUCAUGUUCCGCAACCAGGGCAACGCCUUCUUCGCCGCGUUCCGCCAGCAGGACGUGCAGGGAGGCAUGGCGCUCUCGCCGGGAGACCACGUGGAGUUCCGCCGGCCGCAUGGCGCGCCCUGCGUCGCUGAGGUGCGCCUCGUGGGCCGCGCCAUCACCUGCCUCGGCAUCGUGUCGUGCGUGCGGCUCGGCCCCGCCUCGCAGACGUUCGAGGCGGGCCGGAUCCGGUACGUGUCGUCGAACGAGCGGCACUCGGAGGUGGAGUACGGCCCGCGCGCGCAGACGCGCCAGCACAGCCUGCUGGCGGGGGACCAGGUGUGGUUCAGCCUGGCCGUGGACCGCCGCACGCAGCGCCACUGCGCCGUGCACGUGGAGCUGUGCGCGGACAGCGUGCCGCGGCCGGGCGAGCGGCGCGAGAGGGCGCGCGUGCUGCUGCUCAAGGACGACUACGGCCUGGUGCGCUGCGCCGCCGGCCGCACGCUCUUCUUCGCCGCCGAGGAGCUGCUGGACCUGGACAAGCAGCUGCAGGUGAACGACGAGGUGGAGUACACGCCGGCGCCGCAGGGGGCGGGCGAGUGCGCGACCCGGCUGCGCCUGCUGGGGCCGGCCGCCGCCCCCGCCGCCCCCGGCCUGGGCCACGUGGCGGCGCUGCAGGAGUCGCUGGGCUUCAUCGAGCCCCUGUCCCUGGACCACGACGUGCUGUUCAGCCCGCGCGAGCUGGAGGGCGACCCGCGCCUGCUGCGCCUGGGAGCGCCCGUCGAGUACGAGGCGACGUCCAGGGGCUCGUCGCGCAACCUGCUGGCGGCCAGGGCAGUGCGCCUCCUGCCCGCGGGGGGCGUGGCGCUGCCAGAGAUGCUGGCCGGCGUCCGGCGAGGCACGGUGGUGCGGCCACUGCGCUACUUCGACCCCCACCAGGUCUCAUACGCUGGUAUCAUACAAGAGAGUACUGAAGACACCGCCAAAGCUGGGCAGCUUUUUAAAUUUGGUAUCUACAGUCUGCAAAACAUUGAAGAUGUCCUCCUGCCAGGAAUGAAUGUCACUUUUCAGGUUGACGCGGAAGGCCACGCGGCGAACGUGAAGCCAGCAGUGGGCCGGCUGCGCGGGCAAGUAGUGUUCGCGCGGAGCUGGUACGGCUACCUGCGCAGCGACGCGGUGCCGGGCAAGCUCGUCUCCUUCCUGCGGUCCGAGGUGCGGGACGGCAGCGACCUGCUCCCCGGGGACUGGGUCGAGUACCGCCUGGCGUGCGACCCCCACAGCGGCCGCUUUGCUGCCCGCGAGGUCUCCCGCUGCGAAGAGGACGACCCGUCCCCACCAGACAGCACCGGCGGCGGCGACGACACACGGGACCAAGAAGAAACCAACCCGUUGGAACCAGACGUUCUCGACGAGGGAAUCCAAAAGAGCGAGAGCAUGUUCUCAGGAGUUGCCAAAGAAGAAAGUGUACGUUGUAACGAAAUACGCUCGAACAUGUCUCAUUCCGACUGUUACGAAGACAGCCGUUUGAACGAUACAGCUCUGCCAGACGAUGCUUGCAGUAAAAACAUCAAACUUCACCUGUCUGACAGGAUCCAGAGAGACACAAAUACUUUGGAAAAUGGUGUAUCAAAGCGGGAAACAACACCAGCUGACCAAAAAUAUUCCGACGGUGUUAACUUCGAAGGAGCUGAAAAUAAGAUCCACAAGUGCGACCACAAUGGUACUGAGAACGGUGUCCAGCAUGCCGAUGAAACGCAGAGGAGCACACAGAAGAGAACGGACGCCAAUGCCUCGCACACGAGAAGAGGGAGACGGAAGAACGCAGCGAGCAGGGCGAGCUACAAGUCGCUAGUGUCGCAUCCUGACAAGACGACCGACCGCGUUGUCGUCAUUCGCCAGCCGAGGGGGCCAGGCACGUCCCUCGGUUUUGCCACAGGGCGGCAAAAGUAAUUUUAUCCAUGUUUAACUUGAGUUAAUUUCUUUAACUAAGACUUAUAAAUAGAGGUAUUUUUAUCCUAAAUUUUCUUUUUAAGCAUAUCUACAAAUUUUCUUCCACAAAUGAAAAUGAAAUACUAUGUACAUGUUUUGAAAGUUGUAACUAUGUAAGUUUACAUUAAUAAAUAUUUUUAUUGUUUA